AUGUCUGCGAAAGCCUCCUCAUCAAAGCACGCUUCUUCUUCAGACGCGAAAGAGGCCAAGAAGCGGAAGGACAAGAAGAACAAGCGUUCUGAGGCACCGGUAGAAAGUGCGGAGGAGGCCGAGGACGUUGACAUGCUCGGACGGCCAGUCAGUGGAUUCGAGCGCGCGCACCCCGGACACCCAGACUGGGCGCAGAAGCAGCCGGCAGACGCGGAGUCUGUGCCUCUGGACUUCGAGAUCGAAUACGGAGAGUUCGACUACGACGAGAUAAAAAAUAACCCGGACGUCGAACUGUGGCUUGUCCGUAUACCCAAAAAGCUCAAGACAAAGCGUUUGGCUGGCGCGACCAUUCGCUCUCCGGAACAGGCCGCUGAGCACGGCGGCCAUGCUGGUUACAUUGCGGACAAGAAGGAGACAUAUAAUGUGUGGAUGACGGAUAGGGAGAGGAGUGAAGAGGACGUUAAGAGGGAUCAGAGGUUACCUGGCGAAGAGAUGUUUGGGAUGGACGUGCUCUUGCCGAGGCAGAAGAAGGGCGGAAAGUUAUAUCAAGCGCCAAAGCCUAUCAAGAGACACCUAGCCAUCACUGCCCCGCUUGCACAGCCGGACACUCCCAAAACCGAAGAAGGCGCGACAGAACCUGUCUACAAAAACGAGCCACGACAGAACUACCCUAUCGAAAUGCUGAAACACCGUUUUUUGCCGACGGGGAGCGAAUCUGCGCGACCACUACCUGGAUCGUCAAAAGCGCCGAUGACGCUGGAGGAGGAAGAUGAAAAGGAGGACGAAGAAGUCCAGGAGGUGAAGGAGAAGACCAAGAAGAAGCGCAAGGGCCAUGCAGAGGAGGGUGGGGAGAGGAAGAGUAAAAAGGCGAAGACUACUCGUACAGAGUAG